CUUGAUGCAUGAGACUAAUGCACUGCCAAAUAGAGAGAGAUAUAACAUAAUAAUAAAGACAUAAUAUUGAGAAUGGAGGGUUGUGUGAAGUUGGUAUGGGUUGUGGGGUUAGUGGUGCUACUAGUGAGUGUUGCAAGGGUUGAUAGUGCUGGUGAAUGUGGCAAGUCUACAAGCCCAGAUGCAGAAGCAAUUAAGCUUGCACCUUGUGGUUCAGCAGCACAAGAUGAGAGUGCAAGUGUUUCUCAAAGUUGCUGUGCCCAGGUGAAGAAAAUGGGGCAGAAUCCUAGCUGCCUCUGUGCAGUUCUGCUCUCUAACACUGCCAAAAUGUCUGGAGUCGACCCUAAAAUUGCUAUCACCAUUCCCAAGCGUUGCAACCUCGCUAAUCGCCCUGUUGGUUACAAGUGUGGACCUUACACUCUACCUUGAAGGAGUUAAAGUUGUUGCCGGAAACGUAAAUGCACUAUGGCUGUUAGCUACUACAAACUGUUGUGACUACAUGUUUGUUGUAACUUUUUAGUGAAUAAGAGCUGGAAGCUCCCUAGUGUAUGAAUAAAACAUGUUCUUUCGGUGUUUUA